CUCACUUCUGCCGGUUUCUGUCUAGAGCCAGCCAGCCACAGCCAUGCAAGCGAAGUCUGGACGUCGACGAGCGCGGACCACUCGUUCCAGAACCGGCUGUCGAACCUGUCGAGCCCGCCGGAUCAAAUGCGACGAGACGCCAGGGAGAUGUCAGAACUGUAAAGCGGCGGGCUGGCCCUGUGAGGGCUCGGAUCUCACUCGUUUGCCGGGCAAAGCAACGUAUGGCGCCCAGCACGCGACGCUGUUGUCCUCAGUGGCAGCGCAGUUCCCUUGGCCCAUCACCUCCGACGAGAAACGAUGCCUCUCCUUUCUCUGGCAUCAUCUUAUCCCCGACUCGGUGGUCGUUUCCGGGGUGUCGGACCUAUUCUCGCCGCGGAAUCUGAUCGGCCAACUGAGCGUCGUCGAGCCGGCCGUCUACCAUGCCCUCGUAGCCCUAAGUGCCAUCAAUCACCAGGUGCAUGAAGCGGGGAUUGCAAUCCCCGGACAGUCGCUGCGUAGUAAAUGGCAACACUUCGCCCUGGAGCAGUCGCUGCGCGCAUUUACUCUUCUGAAGCACCGUCCUGCCUCCCAAGAUCCACGUCUCCGCCAGGUGAUUCUGGUCUGCUGCCUGCUCUUCGUGCUGAUCGAGCUGGCGUCCGCCCGCUACGACGACGCCAACGCGCACCUCCAAGCGGGGCUGAAAAUCCUCAACGAGGAGGCGCCGUCUUCUUUACCCAUAGACCCAACUCUCUCCGACGCUUUUCUCUACCUGGAAUCGCACUCAGCGUUCCACGGAGUCCACCAACCCUUCCGUGAGCUGGAAGCCCAAUUCGCCCGCCUUGAAACCUUCGAAAUCCAGCUCCGCCCAUUUCGGAGCGUCGAGCACGCACGUCAAACCCUGAACCCUCUCGUGCCUCCCAUCUUCCGCCUCCUCGAGCGGUGCUGGAGCCUGUCCGAGACCGACCUCGCACGCCAAUACGGCGUCCUGCAGCCCAAACAACAGCGCCUGCUAUCCUGUCUGACCCAAGUCAACACCUACUUCGACGACCUACUGACAACGUAUCCCCACUUCACCGACCGCGAGCGGCGCUCCGCAGACGUGGUGCAACUGAGCCUGCUCACUUUCACUUUAUCCCUCAAAGCCUGCCUGCACGCCCCGUGGGAUCCCGCAUUACACCCACUACGCCCGGAAUUUGAGGAUCUGAUGGCGAAAACUGUGGCCCUGAACGCUAAACUGGGGACGCGCCCGCAGUUUACCCCCGAUGGAAUCCUGUGCGCUGCCCUGAGCUUCCUGGCGCUGCGAUGUCCGGAUUACCGCAUUCGUCUGCAGGCCAUCGCUGCACUACAGGCGUUUCCCCGCGCAGAAGGGUAUUACAACGGACUGGUGGUGGCGGAAUUCGCCAUCAGUGGGUUGAAGCUCGAGUUGACCCAAUCCAUGUCGGACAGAACCGUCGAGAAGCUGCUCGGUCUGCAGCAGGAUGAGCACCUGCUGGGGUCAAUCGCCACCCUGCAAGGCGCCUCAGAUUGGCUAUCCAACCAAGCAGGCGGGCAGGUCCAGACGGAGUGCUCGGACGUCGGCGGGCAUCAGGUCUGGUAUCUCAAUACGUCGAAUCCGAGGAGGGUGCCGUGGGAAGAGGGAGACAAAUAG